UUUAAAACUUCGUACAAUGGCGAGACGUCGAAACACAGAGAUCGGUGAUAGCUUCACGGAGUUAUUCAACAGAGAGAUUGGUUUUUUUCAUUCGAGCUCCAUCUCUCGUCGUAUCUCUGCUUCUGAGGGGAUAGUGAAGAAACUCGAUCUUUACGGGAAGUUAAAUGGGCAUGAGGGUUGUGUCAAUGCCUUAGAUUUUAGUUCCACUGGCGAAGUUCUUGUUUCGGGUUCUGAUGAUAGACAGAUCAUUCUUUGGAACUGGUUGAGUGGAAGCAAGACAUUGUCGUAUCCCUCUGGCCACUGUGAAAAUGUGUUUCAGACUAAGUUCAUACCUUUUACAGAUGACAGGACUAUCAUAACAUCUGGUGCUGAUAGACAAGUAAGACUUGGUCAGAUCCUAGAAAAUGGCAAAGUGGAGACUAAAAGGCUAGGGAGGCACCACGGUCGCGUGUACAAGCUUGCUGUUUUGCCUGGAGAUCCCAAUGUAUUCUAUAGCUGUGGUGAAGAUGGUUUUGUUCAACAUUUUGAUAUACGUAGCAACAGUGCCAGUAUGGUUUUGUAUUCCUCUCCGUUCACGCAAGGCUGCAGGAGACAUCACUCUAGCAGUAGGAUCAGAUUGAAUUCUAUUGCGAUAGAUCCGAGGAACUCAUUUUAUAUUGCGGUUGGGGGUUCCGAUGAAUACGCACGAGUCUACGACACUAGAAGAGUACAGUUAGCUCCAGUAUGUCGCCACAUCUUACCAGACCCACCUGUGAACAUUUUCUGUCCCCGUCAUCUUCGGGAAACCAACAGUGUUCAUAUCACGGGAUUGGCAUAUUCCAAAGCUGGAGAGCUACUGGUCUCUUACAACGACGAGCUCAUUUAUCUCUUUGAGAAAAACAUGGGUUAUGGUUUUUCUCCUGUUUCUAUCUCUCCAGAGAAACUGCAAGAAAUGGAAGAACCACAGGUGUAUACAGGACACCGCAAUGCACAAACAGUUAAAGGAGUGAACUUUUUCGGUCCAAAUGAUGAAUAUGUGACGAGUGGUUCAGACUGCGGUCACAUCUUUAUAUGGAAGAAGAAAGGGGGUAAGCUUGUGCGGGCUAUGUUGGGUGAUAGACGAGUAGUGAAUCAUCUCGAGUCUCACCCACACAUACCGUUUCUUGCAUCCUGUGGGAUUGAAAAGAGUGUUAAGCUCUGGACGCCAAUGUCAAACAAUGUUCUUUCUCUCCCUGAAAAGAUGGAAAAGGUGAUGGAAUCGAACCGAGUGGGAAGAGAAGACCAGUCGAGGGUGACACUGACUCCUGAUGUAAUUAUGCACGUUCUCCGGCUACAGAGACGUCAGACGUCAGCGUUUACAGAGAGAAGAUACGUUUCAGCUGACAUUGACAGUGAUGAUGGAAAUGAAGCUCAACUGAUCGCAAGCUUAGUAGCCAACGAAGAUGAGUCUUCAGAAAGAGAAUGUAUUGUAAGCUAAGUCCUCAACUAGUGUGCUAAGUCCUCCACUAAUGUGAUAGAUUCCAGGUCCCAUGUGUUCCCAAAUACUUGUUGAUUUUGCUUGCGUGUUGUAAUUCUUAAUAAGUAAAGGAAAAUAAUAACAAGAAAUUAGUGAUCUUC